AUGCCGCCGGCGGGACUGUACAUGAGAGUGGCACACUCACUCGCUGCGAAUCCGCAAGACAUCGUGGAGGAUGCACCAAUGUCCAAUGGUCCUACUUCGACGUUGGGCGAGGAUACUGCGACCGCUGCAUCAUCCACGGCGAACUUCUGUCGCAGGGGAAAGGCUUGGAUCCCGGACUUUACGCUCGUCGAAUGGGCGUCAGCUACAGCGAGCUUCGAAACGCGAAUCCAUCAUCAUUUUCAGAGCCCAGACCGAAGGUCGUGCAAAGGGAGGCGAGGAAUUGAAAGGCAAGUGCCAGACUGA